UUCAGCGAAAUAGGUUUGAUGUAUUUCUCGGGAUCGCAGAGAUACCUCUACUUUUUUUCAAUCCGACGGAUGAUAUCGCGCAUAGUGUCGGUCGAGUGAUAUGAUAAAUUCCAUUUUAUUCACGCUUCAUUAACUUAAUUAUUUAAAAAAAAAGAAGAAAAAAAAAGUGUUUUUGAAGAUGAUCAUGUUCUUCUGUCUUUUUAAACACACAAAAGUCCCAUCAAUUCUUUAGGUUAAUUAGAAUUCCCAUUUCAGCUGAGAAUUAUCCUUAGACCAUGUUAGUAGCAUCCUUUCUUUCGGCCUUCCACAAUGUCUCCUCCCUUUUGACUUAAAAGGAUCAAAGUUUAAGAUUAAAAAAAGAAAUCUGAUUUGAAAUAAAAAAAAAGUAAUUCCCUUUUUGUGGUCAUGUGAAUAUUUGUGUGCAUCCUUCGUGCAUCCUUAAACAAAAUUACCAAAAAAAAAAAAGAAAAGGAAACAAGGAUUGCAGUGAUUUCGUUAAAUAUUAAAUUGCACAUAUUCUAAGUGUCAUAAUCAUAUUUUUGUCAAGUGAGUGAGUGCGUCUGUGUGUCCUGUCUUGUGAGCGUUCUGUGACGGCACGGCAGAGGAAAGGAUCCAUAUUUCACUUUGUUUAAUUUGUUUUGUGACACAGCAAUUCACAAAACUAGGAUCAAAGCAUAAGCAACAGAUAUAGAAAGAUUCAAAAAUACACAACAGCAUCCCAGGACGACAUCCCUUUUGCAAAGUGCUACAUUUUCAUCUUACAAAGUGUGUAGGAAAAAGAAAACGGAAACUCAUCCUUAUACCAGCACGAGUAUAUUUUCUAAAAGGACAAACAACAUAAAUAUGAUGGAAAAGUGUCCUUUUCCUUUUGAUUAUUCCAAAAUGGAGCUGAAUGAGGAAAACACAGAUCUUGAAAUUCAAUCUUCGAAUAUAAAAUAAAGAUGAAAUCAUUUUGAAGUAAAUACCUCAGGAUAUUUUGAUUCGAAAAUCAAUGAGGAGUUUCAGACAGCAUAACGGACUUCAUUUGCAGUCAACUGACUUCGUAAGACCAAGGCAACUAAUGAACAGCUCUAAUUACUAGAACGAAUAAUCAUCACCAUCAUCAUCAAAUGAACAUAGUAUACUUAAAUGCAUUAAAAGACUUUUCUGAUGUUAUAUCAAACCCAUUAACACAUUCCAAAGCACCUGGCAAAAGGCAAAACAACAAUAAAACAAAAUUAACAAACAAAUAUACAUAGUUAUACGUGUAGGUACCUUACUAUAUAAUGGAAACGUACCUUCCCAAUUCAACGGCGGAAGCGGCGGAAAUAUUUCCCAUUACAUCAGCAACAGAAUCCGUUGCCAUCACUAAUGGCAAUGGCAACAGCAAUGGCAAUGGCUGCACAGUUCCUCCACCUGUUUUCAAUCCCAGUCAUAUUGGUAUUGAUUUGGCGGUACCUGAGUGGGAAGCUAUAUUGACUGCCCUAAUCCUAUCGAUAAUCAUAGUACUCACCAUCAUCGGCAACAUCCUAGUCAUUCUAAGUGUAUUCACGUACAAACCACUGCGGAUAGUGCAGAAUUUCUUUAUCGUAUCCCUUGCUGUGGCAGAUUUAACUGUGGCACUUCUCGUUCUGCCCUUUAAUGUUGCCUACUCAAUUCUGGGCAGAUGGGAGUUUGGGAUACAUUUGUGCAAAAUGUGGCUCACCUGUGAUGUUCUCUGUUGUACGUCAUCAAUUCUAAAUCUCUGUGCUAUUGCACUGGACAGGUAUUGGGCCAUUACCGAUCCCAUUAACUACGCACAAAAGAGGACCGUUGGUCGGGUUCUACUACUCAUAGCAGGUGUUUGGAUCCUGUCACUACUUAUAAGCUCACCACCCCUGCUCGGUUGGAAUGACUGGCCAGAAGAGUUCACCAGCGCCACACCCUGCGAACUCACCUCGAAUCGAGGAUACGUGAUAUACUCGUCGCUGGGCUCGUUCUUCAUUCCACUCGCCAUCAUGACCAUCGUUUACAUCGAAAUUUACAUUGCCACUAGGAGACGUCUGCGAGAACGCGCACGGGCAUCAAAAAUCAACACAAUCGUCACGAUGAAAGGCGCCACUCCCGGCGGCGGCGGUGGUGGCGUUGGAAUGGGUGGCAAUAAUGCCAUUGGUGACUCAAACAAUCGCAAGGACAUACCAACCGUGCACCAAGACCAGGACUCCAUUAGCAGUGAAACAAAUGUCAACGAAGCUCAUAAUAAUUCCUCCGAUCAGGCGGCCAUCAAUCCCAAGGAAGCGCACAAUGGCAACGAAAAGGCGGCGAAAAAAUCCCGCCGUCCCAAAAUCAAAGACUCCAUUAAGCACGGAAAAAAUCGAAAAAUAAUCCAGGAACGGCUGCUGCCACCGCCCGAUACCAACCAAGAGAUCUCCAAUGUUAGUGAUAAUCCUGAGAAUUCCUCCGAAUCCGGCCCCAAUGCCAAUAACAGCGUGACCGUAAAUUCCGACAAGCUCGAAAAGAGUGUUCUGGUGGAGAGCACAAAGGGCUCCAAGGCUCCACCCAAGAAGGCCACCGGGGUGUAUCAGUUCAUAGAGGAAAAACAAAAGAUAUCCCUGUCGAAGGAACGACGAGCCGCUCGAACACUCGGCAUCAUCAUGGGUGUGUUUGUUAUAUGCUGGCUGCCAUUCUUCCUCAUGUAUGUUAUUUUGCCAUUCUGCAUGUCCUGCUGUCCGACCGAUAAGUUCAAGAACUUCAUCACAUGGCUGGGCUAUAUUAACUCCGGACUUAAUCCGGUUAUCUAUACCAUUUUCAAUUUGGACUAUAGGAGAGCCUUUAAACGACUUUUGGGCUUACGGAGUUAAGGCAAAUGACAGUAGGUGAAUUAUUAUUAUUAUAUAACUGUGUAUAUUCUUGGCUUAUGAUAUUCAAAUAAAUACAAAAACAAAACAAAAAGACCGAACAAAAAUAUAUAUCUAACAAAUUAAAAAUAAUUAAAUAUAAAAGAUUUGUUAAAUAAGAAGAAAAAUAAAUUAAAAAAAUACAAAAAUGUUGUUCUCCAGUUUUCUACUAUUAAAUUUUAAGACGAAUAUUUGUUUACUAUAUUUUAUGAGAAUACAAUUAAAUAUAAAUGUACGUAGUCGUGUAAGGAUACAAACUACUCUAUAGUUGUUUACAAUAAAUUUAAAUUUAAUAUAUUAAAUAAAAGAAACAAGUUUUACUAUGCUUAAAAUGUUUCGUUUUUAGUUCAUAAGUAGACAAUUUAUUUGUUAUUUUAAUGAAAUGAUUUAUUAAAAAAAAAACAAGACCUUUUGAAAACAAAAACUCACGCACAUUCAAACAAAACAAAAAUAAAACAAAUGUGGUGAAUAAAACAAAACCAAAAACCUAUAAAAUACUGUAUAAAUUAAAUGUUUAAAAACUUGAAUUCUCAAGUAUAAAAAAUAAUCUUAAUAUUAUUAUUAAAUAAUAAAAAUAUAUUUCAUAAAAUAUGUUUUCAUUCAAAUCAAAAAUGUGAUAAGAAAUGUAAGAAAAUAAAAUGAAAAAAUAAAAUUAAAUCAAAUGUAAAUAGUAUACCUACGCCAAAGGAUCAAAAAAUUUAAACAAAAUGAAAAUAAAAAAGAGAAACCAUUAAA